GUGCGCAACGAGGCGGACCUGCACUGCAUGGCCGUGCCCGCCAAGUACCGCCAUAUGCAGACCUUCUACCGGUACUACUCCGGCGAGAAGAAGGCCCCGGUCCUCACGGUGUUCAUCGGUGGGAACCACGAGGCAUCCAACCACUUGCAGGAGCUGCCCUACGGCGGGUGGGUGGCGCCCAACAUCUACUACCUCGGUUAUGCGGGCGUUGUGCGGUAUCGCGGCGUGAGGAUUGGUGGCAUCUCGGGCAUCUUCAAGUCGCACGACUACCGGAAAGGCCACUUUGAGUGUCCGCCAUAUAACCAGCAAACAAUCAGAAGUGCUUACCAUGUGAGGAAUAUCGAAGUCUUCAAACUCAAGCAGUUAAAGCGUCCAAUUGAUAUAUUUAUGUCCCACGACUGGCCAAGGAGCAUCUAUCACUAUGGAAACAAGAAACAGCUUCUUAAAAUGAAAUCCUUCUUCCGACAAGAAGUGGAGAACAACACGUUAGGAAGCCCUGCUGCCUCAGAGCUUCUGCAGCAUCUGAAACCCACCUACUGGUUCUCAGCACAUCUUCAUGUGAAAUUUGCAGCUUUCAUGCAACACCAGACAAACUCCAAAGAAGAGCUACCAAAAGCAACAAAGUUUUUGGCCCUGGAUAAAUGCCUGCCACACAGAGACUUUCUGCAGAUAAUAGACAUAGAACAUGAUCCUAAUGCAGGUGAUUCGCUGGAGUAUGAUGCUGAGUGGAUUGCAAUCCUCAAGGCCACCAACAGUCUUGUUAAUGUGACUCAGAGCUCAUGGAAUAUGCCUGAAAAGAAUGGCCUCCAUGGAAAGUGGGACUACAGUGCAUCUGAAGAAGCCAUCAAAGAGGUGUUAGAAGAAUUGAAUCAUAACCUCAAAAUUCCUUGUAACUUCACAUUGACAGCUGCUUGUUAUGAUCCCAGCAAGCCCCAAAAACAUGUGGAACCAGUUCAUACCAUCAAUCCACAGACCACUGAGUUUUGUGCCCGGUUUGGUCUCACUGACAUCAAUGACAGGAUCCAGCAAGCUAAAGAAGAGGGCUCAGUACGAGGUGAAUAUGAAGAAGAGGAAGAGGAAGAGGAGAUGGACAGUACUGGGUCAGCAGAGGAACCCAGUGAAUACAAUACAGAUAAUUCUGGACUUUCGUCCAUUAAUCCAGAUGAAAUAAUGCUGGAUGAAGAAGGUGGUGAUGAAGACUUAAGUACAUGUUCUGUUGAUCCUUCUCCUGACCAUCCUCCUGACUUCUCUGCAAGUUUUUCUGACAUCCGGAUCAUGCCAGACUCCAUGGCGGUAUCGUCUGAUGAUGCUAUGGACUCCACUAAUGAGGAACUGGAGAAAUCUGGUGUGAGUAAGCAAGUGGAAGAGAAGAGCUUAAGUGAGAGACCAUUAAAGCGCAUUUGUGGUAGUGAAAAUGGGAACAGUGGCAUUAAAAAAAUUAAGAGAAGGAAUCAAGCUAUCUAUGCUGCAGAGGAUGAAGAUAAAACAGAAUAAUUCUUCAUAUGAUGUAUAACUAAGUUCUCACCCUGCUUUUUUAUGGGAAGAUGGCAAGAACUGUUGUGGACUACUCGUGCUUUUAAUGUUACUUGAU